AUGCAUCGUCUUUUUACUGAGCUGGAGCCAUCUAUUACUGUCACCGAGCAAAACCUGGCAGACCGAGUUCGGUAUAUCUUACGCUCAAAUAUAUUUGAUGGCGCCGAACUCGAACGGCUACGACGUGAGGCUGUUCCCUCAUCAAAUGAAAACGCUAAGACUGGGGGUGUGGUGCCACAAGUUGCAGAACAACCCGCACACGUAGAUGCCGCCGAGAAUACCCCAGUGGUUGCUGAUUCAAAUGAUGAUGGAACAUUCACCCAGGAACUAGAAAUAGAGCAAAUGAGGAGUACAUUGGAAGAGGCGAUUAUGGAAACGCGCAGUACGCCUCUCGAAAAUCGACCGCGACUUCCCCGCAUAGCCCUAAGCAAGCGGAAUCGAGCUGUCGUGAGAGCUCUGAACCCAAUGCUGGUGACCUAUUUGGAAGCCAGCCGGGACCUUUGCGAGACGGACUCAAUUCUCUUUGGCGCCGCACUGGCAGUCUGCCGUAUUAUAGGCGCCAAACUUUUCACGGCUGGACGCACUACUGGACAAAGUAGUGCUAUCCCAGCCUGGACAACAAGAAUUGAAGAACGUAUCGCAAAGGCUAGGGCCCUCAUCGGCAGACUGAUAUGCUUCAGGUCAGGCAAUACCAGGCCAAGGAUUGUGCGCACCGUCAGGAUGGCGUUUGCUGGGACAAAUGUUAGUUUGUCACAGCCGGAUAUAAUGCAAAAACUGAUGGAGCGCAUAGACGACCUGAAACAGAGAAUCGCUGCUUGGGGAAAGCGAAUUCGGCGAUAUACCGAGAGGUCGACACGGUUCAACCAGAAUCGUCUCUUCCAGAGUGAUCAGAAGAGGCUCUAUAAAUCAUUGGAGCGACCAAUGGUAAGUGGAACGGGCCCAGUACCGAAUCAGGCCGACACGGUCGCAUUCUGGCGCAGCCUGUGGUCAGAGCCCGUAAACCACAACGAGGGCCCUUGGACGGAAGUUGUGGCGAGUCAGUGUGCGGGUAUUACGCCCAUGGACCCCGUCACCAUAACGCCGGAUGACGUAGCUGAGGCGGUCCGUAGGGCCCCGAACUGGAAAAGUCCGGGACUCGACGGGCUGCAUCACUACUGGCUGAAGGGGUUCGUGCUGCGGAUAGGAAUGCAUCGUGAUUAUCCCAGUGUCUCUGAUGUUAUGUCUGAUCUGACUUGCAAUUUCAUAGUGCUCGUAUAA